AUGCGCCUCGACCACAGCCUCGCCGCCGCGCCAUUUUGCCGGGGUUUGAAUGUGCGGUGGAGCGGCAGCAGGGGUGGGUAUUGCCGGCUACGGUCCGCAGCUGAGAUUCCCUUCUCCGUACCCGUACCCCACGAGGUUCUGUGGCAAUGGAGCUCAGCGAUGCAAAUUUGCAAACGCUAACAGAAUAUUUAAAGAAGACUCUUGAUCCUGAUCCUGCCAUCAGACGUCCAGCUGAGAAGUUUCUUGAAUCUGUAGAAGGAAAUCAGAAUUACCCACUGUUGCUGUUAACAUUACUGGAGAAGUCUCAGGAUAAUGUUAUCAAAGUGUGUGCCUCAGUAACAUUCAAGAACUAUAUUAAAAGAAACUGGAGAAUUGUUGAAGAUGAACCAAAUAAAAUUUGCGAAGCCGACCGAGUAGCCAUUAAAGCUAACAUAGUGCACCUGAUGCUUAGCAGCCCAGAGCAAAUUCAGAAGCAGUUAAGUGAUGCCAUUAGCAUUAUUGGCAGAGAAGAUUUCCCUCAGAAAUGGCCUGACUUAUUGACAGAAAUGGUGAAUCGCUUUCAGAGUGGAGAUUUCCAUGUUAUUAAUGGAGUCCUUCGUACAGCACAUUCUUUAUUUAAAAGAUAUCGCCAUGAAUUUAAGUCAAAUGAGUUAUGGACUGAAAUUAAACUUGUUCUGGAUGCCUUUGCUUUGCCUUUGACUAAUCUAUUUAAGGCCACUAUUGAACUCUGCAGCACCCACGCAAAUGAUGCCUCUGCCCUGAGGAUUCUUUUUUCUUCCCUGAUCCUAAUCUCAAAACUGUUCUACAGUUUAAACUUUCAGGAUCUCCCUGAAUUUUUUGAAGAUAAUAUGGAAACUUGGAUGAACAAUUUUCAUACCCUCUUGACAUUAGAUAAUAAGCUUCUACAAACUGAUGAUGAAGAGGAAGCAGGCUUAUUGGAGCUCUUAAAAUCCCAGAUUUGUGAUAAUGCUGCACUCUACGCACAAAAAUAUGAUGAAGAGUUUCAGCGGUACCUGCCUCGUUUUGUCACAGCCAUCUGGAAUUUACUAGUUACAACAGGUCAAGAGGUUAAAUAUGACUUGUUGGUAAGUAAUGCAAUUCAGUUUCUGGCUUCAGUUUGUGAGAGACCUCACUAUAAGAAUCUAUUUGAGGACCAGAACACGCUGACAAGUAUCUGUGAAAAGGUUAUUGUGCCUAACAUGGAAUUUAGAGCUGCUGAUGAAGAAGCCUUUGAAGAUAAUUCUGAGGAGUAUAUAAGAAGAGAUUUGGAAGGAUCUGAUAUUGAUACUAGACGCAGGGCUGCUUGUGAUCUAGUACGAGGAUUAUGCAAGUUUUUUGAGGGACCCGUGACAGGAAUCUUCUCUGGUUAUGUUAAUUCCAUGCUGCAGGAAUAUGCAAAAAAUCCAUCUGUCAACUGGAAACACAAAGAUGCAGCCAUUUACCUGGUAACGUCUUUGGCAUCGAAAGCCCAAACCCAGAAGCAUGGAAUUACACAAGCGAAUGAACUUGUAAACCUGACUGAGUUCUUUGUGAAUCACAUUCUCCCUGAUUUAAAAGCAGCUAAUGUGAAUGAAUUUCCUGUUCUUAAAGCUGAUGGUAUCAAAUACGUUAUGAUUUUUAGGAAUCAAGUACCAAAAGAGCAUCUUUUAGUCUCUAUUCCUCUCUUAAUUAAUCAUCUUCAAGCUGAAAGUAUUGUUGUUCAUACUUACGCAGCACAUGCUCUUGAGAGACUGUUUACUAUGAGAGGGCCUAACAAUGCCACUCUCUUUACAGCUGCAGAAAUCGCACCGUUUGUUGAGAUUCUGCUAACAAACCUUUUCAAAGCUCUCACACUUCCUGGCUCUUCAGAAAAUGAAUAUAUUAUGAAAGCUAUCAUGAGAAGUUUUUCCCUUCUACAAGAAGCCAUAAUCCCCUACAUCCCUACUCUCAUCACUCAGCUUACACAGAAGCUAUUAGCUGUUAGUAAGAACCCAAGCAAACCUCACUUUAAUCACUAUAUGUUUGAAGCAAUAUGUUUAUCCAUAAGAAUAACUUGCAAGGCUAACCCUGCUGCUGUUGUAAAUUUUGAGGAGGCUUUGUUUCUGGUGUUUACUGAAAUUUUACAAAAUGAUGUACAAGAAUUUAUUCCAUAUGUCUUUCAAGUGAUGUCUUUGCUUCUGGAAACACACAAAACUGACAUCCCGUCUUCCUAUAUGGCCUUAUUUCCUCAUCUCCUUCAGCCAGUGCUUUGGGAAAGAACAGGAAAUAUUCCUGCUCUAGUGAGGCUUCUCCAAGCAUUCUUAGAACGAGGUUCAAAUACAAUAGCAAGUGCUGCAGCUGAUAAAAUUCCUGGCUUAUUAGGUGUCUUCCAGAAGCUGAUUGCAUCCAAAGCCAAUGACCACCAAGGUUUUUAUCUUCUAAAUAGUAUAAUAGAGCACAUGCCUCCUGAGUCAGUUGACCAAUACAGGAAGCAGAUCUUCAUUCUACUAUUCCAAAGACUUCAGAAUUCCAAAACAACAAAGUUUAUCAAGAGUUUCUUAGUCUUUAUUAAUUUGUAUUGCAUAAAAUACGGGGCGCUAGCACUACAAGAAAUAUUUGAUGGUAUACAACCAAAAAUGUUUGGAAUGGUUUUGGAAAAAAUCAUUAUUCCUGAAAUGCAGAAAGUAUCUGGAAAUGUAGAGAAAAAGAUUUGUGCGGUUGGCAUAACCAAAUUACUAACAGAAUGUCCCCCAAUGAUGGAUACAGAGUAUACCAAGCUAUGGACUCCUUUAUUACAGUCUCUGAUUGGCCUAUUUGAGUUACCUGAAGAUACUACUAUUCCUGAUGAAGAACAUUUUGUUGACAUAGAAGAUACACCAGGAUACCAGACUGCCUUCUCACAGUUGGCAUUCGCUGGGAAAAAAGAGCAUGAUCCUGUAGGUCAAAUGGUGAACAACCCCAGAAUUCACCUGGCACAGUCGCUUCACAAAUUGUCUACUGCCUGUCCAGGAAGGGUUCCCUCAAUGGUGAGCACCAGCCUCAACGCAGAAGCGCUCCAGUAUCUCCAAGGAUACCUUCAGGCGGCUAGUGUGACGCUGCUCUGAACUGUAUUUUUCGAAUUGGCUUAGUCCAGGAUGGUUUCUGAGGACAUCGUGGAGACGUCUGAGCACAGCUGUGUUAAAGCAAGUGUUCCUUUUGAACUUGUCUAUUAAAUGUUGCUUUAAGCUGAACCUUGAGAAAAUUAGGUGGUUUGUGUGAUCACAAAUAUAAGUGGGUGACUUUUUCAGUUUGCAGCUACAAAGACAAGUUUUACUAGCUUAGUGUAUGACAUUGAUUUGAGCAUUUGCACAGUUUUGAUAAUUCUAAAAUUUUGACAGACACUUAACUGUGGAGGUUUUUUUUCUGUUACUAAAUUCUUCUGAGGCUGUUCGUAUUUCUCUUGUCCUUUGUGUUUUUGUCUAUUUCCUUAAGCUUUUAUUGGAAAUGUCAGUAAGCAAAGAAAUCACUUGUGUAACUUGCCAAGAAAUGCACAUUUCAUAGUUUUAAAUCUGUAAUCAGCAAUAAAAAAAAAAAAAAAAGAGCCCUAAAAUAUGUAUCUAAGAACAUCUUAAGGACAGGCUUUUGGUGCUGCUAUUUUUAUAAUGAAGAAUUUAAUUUUUCCUCUCGCGGACUCCAUAAAAUCCUAAUUUCUAAA